AACAAAAAUCCCAAGAAAGGGCACAAAAUACUCGCGCAAAUCCGAAAAUAUAACAGAAAAAGAAGGGGAAAAAACUCCUCGCCGCCGACCCCCGCAAGCAGAGGAGCACCGCCCCGGGGGCAACCCCUCCUUCCUUGACCGCGGGGGAUCGCGGAUCCCGUCUCCAAGUCCGGCCAUCGAUCUCCUCGGCUCACCACCAGACCUAGGCGCGCGGGCGCGGCAGCGUCGUGGGUGGGGUUCCCGGCGGCGGAGCGUGGUAUGGUCCGCGGCGGCGGCGGCGGCGGUGGCUUGACCUGGUGAAGUUUUUUUUUUGUUUUCCCGAUGCUACGGCUGUUGGGGAUCGGCGAGAGGCUUUUGGCAGUUGGAACAAAUAGACAGGCAGCCUAUUUUUCCCAGCCGAGCCACAGGAGUGGCUACUACACAGCAGUGAAGGACAAUGGAUUGUCGACAAAGCGAAAGAUUCCUGCUGUCUUCUCUAGAAUGUUCUCGCAUUACAAGGUAAUUGUCAGAAAGAACAAAGCUGGGGAUCUCAAGGGCAGAAAUAGGAUUUUAAAGGGAUACCGUACCUUCUCUGGGACAAUCGCUAAUGCGCAGGCAACACAACAAGCCCAAUUGGCAUGGAAGCGGCUCAGUCAUACAUGUUCAUACAGAGGUCCCAGGUUUCCAUUCAUCAGCCAAGCAGCAUAUGCUCUAAGCUUCUCCUUCACAAGGUUCCAUGUUGUCCCUGGGGUCAUGGCUCUAGCACUUGGCAAGUUUGCGUUGUCACGGCCUGUCCUGGCAGAUUCACCAUACAUGCCCACAAUGGAAGGCAUAGUCACAAAUGCGAGGGAUACUCGCCAUUUUCUGUCGUCCAUGGUUUUGUCAAUCUGGGAAGGUGUCACUUUGCUUAUUAGAGCUGUGCACUUGGCAUUCUUGUUCUUCCCUGCAACUGCACUGUCUCCAUUUGCUGAUAGUUUCAGUAUCGGGUUUAGAAAGAGAUGGCUUCGUCUUGUGCGUCAUACCCUUGAAAUAGCUGGGCCAGCAUUUAUCAAGUGGGGUCAGUGGGCUGCAACACGGCCUGAUCUUUUUCCAAGUGAUCUCUGUGUUGAGCUUGCCAAGCUUCAUACCGCAGCUCCAAUGCAUGAAUUUGCUUACAGCAAAGCCACCAUCGAGAAGGCAUUCGGUCGUAAGCUUUCUGAAAUAUUUGAGACUUUUGAGGAGGAUCCUGUAGCUUCUGGAAGUAUUGCACAAGUACAUCGUGCUACAUUAAGAGAUCAGCAUCCUGGAAAGCAUGUUGCUGUUAAGGUGAGGCAUCCUGGUGUGGGUGAAUCAAUCAAGAGAGACUUUUUGCUCAUCAAUCUUGUGGCAAAAGCAUCAAAUGUUGUCCCUGGAUUGAGCUGGCUGAGGCUGGACGAGAGUGUCCGUCAGUUUGCUGUUUUCAUGAUGUCUCAAGUUGACCUUUCAAGGGAAGCUGCUCAUUUGAGUCGUUUUAUCUACAAUUUCCGCAGAUGGAGACAUGUGUCUUUCCCAAAGCCAUUAUAUCCACUUGUUCAUCCAUCUGUCCUUGUUGAGACAUUUGAGAAUGGGGAAAGUGUUUCUCGUUUUAUGGAUCAGAUUGAAGGAAAUGCUCGGAUGAAAAGAGAUCUUGCCCACAUUGGCACAUAUGCAUUCUUGAAGAUGCUUCUGGAGGACAAUUUUAUUCAUGCAGAUAUGCACCCUGGGAACAUUCUUGUCCGUCUAAAUGAGAGCAAGCCUAAGAGGAAAUUGUUUUUCAGACCUAAGCCCCAUAUUGUGUUUCUUGAUGUGGGCAUGACCGCUGAGCUCACCCGAGAUGACCGUGAUAACUUACAACAGUUCUUCAAGGCAGUGGCCACCAGGGAUGGUCGUACUGCUGCUAACUGUACUCUGCAAUUAUCAAAACAGCAAGGCUGUCCAAACCCAGUUGCCUUUAUUGAGGAAUUGGAUAAGACAUUUUCAUUCUGGGGAACGCCUGAAGGGGACAUUUUCCAUCCUGUUGAAUGCAUGCAUCAACUACUUGACACAGUUCGGCGCCACAAAGUCAACAUUGAUGGGAAUAUCUGUACCGUAAUGGUUACGAUUUUGGUUCUUGAGGGGUGGCAACGCAAGUUAGACCCAGGCUUUGAUAUCAUGCACACGUUGAAGACUCUACUAAUAGACAAGGAUAUAAAGCAACCAGUUGAUUUUUUCUCAUAAUCAAGUUCAUGCUUAUAAGUGCCAACUCUACGAGCUUCAGAAUACGUCAAAUAUAGCAGCAGCUAAAGGUGAUGACACCAUGGACAGAAGUUCAAACGUCAGGCAAAUCUAUACUAAUUCCUUAUGCCAUGUUCUGCUCUCUUUUUUGAAACAACCUCUACCUGCAACUUUGCACUGGGUUCACGUUUGACAACCUUCAGUGCGAAAAUUUUGUCCAGUACCUUGGUGGAGUAAACCAUCAAAGUUCCUGUGUAAAAAAUUCUUGUCAAGAAACAUAUCUUGUAGAUGUAGCAACUGAAUCAUUCUUUAUAACAAGCAUAACUACGUUGCAGACUACAGAGAAGUAUACGUCCAGCUA